AUGCAUGGCCGAAUCCUCGGCUACCAUGCUGGGUGUCUUGCACUCACUGCGCUGCCCUCUGGCGCCUUUUUGCGCGCCACGGAAUACUCGUUCGAACCGGAUGUAUCUGAAGAAGAGAGGCGCCGUGUGUGGGCUCUUUCUCUUCUCGCAGAUAGGAUGAGCAAUAUGCACUUGCGUCUGCCGAUGGAACUUCGACUGCUUGUUGCACAGAACCUUGUUCGUGAAUGUGCGAUUGCUGCAUCCCAGCAGGCGUGGGAUGCACGAUGGAGUCGAGACUGUGACGUCGACAUUUCGUUGGAAAUCUGGGCCGACUGUGUCUACAUCGAGGGCCUACAGUACAUUUCGUAUGUGUCGAAUCAAGCGAGUCAGACAUCUACAGCCCGUCGGAUUCGGAGUGCCGAAUCGCCUCCUGCUACAGUCCUGCACGUCCUGGAGGAUCACCUAGGCAUUAGAGAGUUGGUAUUUGGUGCAACACAAGAGUCUAGGCCAAGUAUGCGACCCGCACGAGGCCUCUGGUGGCGGACUGUCCCUCUCGUUUCCGGAAGAGUCAAGAUAGAAUCCGACGGUCUGAAGCUUCGCCGUGUCGUGUCGACAGCGGCCGUCUCCACCAAGUUAUGGCGUCUACCGAUGACAGAACCCGAGUUCCGGGACCUUACUUUUUUCAACCAUGAUCCGAAUUCAGGCCCCAAACUGAACGCCUUUCGGAUGGUCCCUCUAGACCUCAAUGCCCCUGACGUGGUGGGGUACUCUGCAUGCUGGUCCGGCAAACUGAUGAUGCUGCACGCACACAAGGCUGGUGAGAAUUUGUCAUUCUACAAAGACUUGUUGGCAGCCUAUGGUCGCGCUGUCUGGAUAUAUUUACCAAUGAGUUCUGGGGAACGCAUCUUGGAGAUAUGGGGUCGUCGUGGUAGGUUGGAUGGCCAUAUGGGGCUAUUGAUGAGGACAAACAAGGCAAGACAGACCGUAAUCGCUUGGACGCAGCUAUGCGCACUUCCAGAAGGACCCAGCCGCCUUUUCCUCAGCCACUCACGUCUGGGGGUCCAUCUGCUGGGUACCAAGGACGUGGGCAAUCCGAAUGCUACCUUGUCGAUGCCUUCACCAAUGUCAUGUCCAAAAACGCAUGGAAUUGUCGAAUACUUCUACUCUGCUGCGUCUCUCGAGGAUGUAGUAGAGGUCACGCCAUGCGAGAUCAAGUUGGCGACCCAUUCGCAUAUGAGCGGAUUGAUUUUUCAGUAUGCAAAUGGGGAGCGGGCAUGCGUUGGUGAAAUCCGACUGGAUUGUCUUGGUGAACCUCUUCUGGUGCAACCUAAGAGCAGGCUUCACCUCGCCUUCAAACGGGAUCGUUCCGUCGGGCCAUAUGCAACAAGGUUAUGGCUCGACAACACUCUUGACGAUGGGUCUCCUGAGUGGUUCUCUUUGCCCUGGACUGGCGUAAUUGAGUGGUGGUUUUCUUAUGGGCGGUAUUCUCAUGGACAUUGCAAGGUAUACUAUCAAGGCAGAGAGAGCCCUUUAUUGUUUAACAUGUAG